UUUCUUAAGUUGAACAUGAUGGAACUGGAGCCACGUGUGGCCAUAUUGCAGGAUCUGCGGCUACAGACAUUUGAUUCGAUACGAUUUGCUUCAUAUCGCACCGCCUCCAAGCUACGCUAUAUACAGAAAUCGACCAAUUUGCAUCUGGUUGAUAUAUGGAAUGUGAUUGAAGCAUUCCGGGAGAAUGGCCUCAACACACUGGAGCCACAGAGCGAGGUGAGCGUGGCCAGGCUGGAGACACUCGUCUCCUCCCUGUACCACAAUCUCAACAAGCGUCUGCCAACGGCCCAACAGGUGCCCGUGGACUCCAAGGCGGGUCUAUUGCUCAAUUGGCUUCUGGCCGCAUACACAAGUGACAACUCUGGCAAAAUUCGUGUGUUUUCCAUUAAAGUCGCCCUGGCUACCAUGUGCUCCGGCAAGCUGGUGGAUAAGCUCAGAUAUAUCUUUUCACAGAUUUCGGAUGGUGCUGGUCAAUUGGUGGCCUGGAAGUUGAGUGAAUUUCUGCGAGAGGUGCUGGCAUUGCCGGCAGCGGUUUACGAGUCACCCACAUUCCAUUAUAAGGAGGGUUUGGAGGAGGAGAUCUUUCCGGCGGAGAAUAAGGUCACUGUGAAUGAUUUCAUGGCAACACUUAUGUCUGAACCGGGUCCAUCGUGUCUCGUUUGGCUACCAUUAUUGCAUCGAUUGGCCACCGUUGAGACUAUUGUGCAUCCGACGAUCUGUUCUGUUUGCCAUAAGGAAAACUUUACUGGAUUUCGUUAUCGUUGUCAGCGGUGUCACGCCUACCAAUUGUGCCAGGAAUGCUUUUGGCAUGGCAAGACAUCGUUGAACCAUCAAAACGAUCACGAGGUCAAGGAAUAUUCAAGUUAUAAAUCGCCGAGCAAACAGAUUGGUCACUCCUUGCGCAAGAGCUUCCGAUGUGUGCCCGAGAAGACGACGCAAGUGUUGCCACGAUUCCCCGAUCAGCCCGAAAAGACUCUCAAUCUAUCGCACAUUGUGCCCCCCUCGCCGUUGCCAUCGCACAACGGCUUCUCCGAUCCCGCCCUGGGACAUUUACAUGGUCCUGGCCCGGGGCCGGGACACGGUGGCAUCUUUGAUCGAUCCAGCACACUGGAUUCACGGGCCACCGGACGCAGUCUGGACACAACAAUGUCCCGUGUGGCCGCCGCCUCGGCCAACGAUGAGGAGCAUCGGCUAAUUGCCCGCUAUGCCGCCCGAUUGGCUCAGGAGAAUCGCGCACCCUCCAACAUGCCAAAUGCGGAGAGCAUUACGCCCAUUGGCACGGACAAUUCGCGUGCACAGCGGGAACUGAUCGCGCAGUUGGAGUCCAAGAACAAGGAGAUAAUGCGUGAGAUAGCGCGCCUGCGGCGCCAGCAAGAGACUGAGCAGAUGGCGCCAGAGAAUCCGGCUUUAAUAAAUGAGCUGCGUGCGCUGCGACAGCGCAAGGGGGAAUUGGAGGGACAUUUGGGGGCGCUGCAGGACUCGCGGCGACAGCUGAUGGAGCAGCUGGAGGGAUUAAUGCGCAUGCUCAAGAAUCAACAGACUGCCUCGCCCAGAUCCACGCCAAAUUCGAGUCCACGCUCGGGUAAAUCUCCACCGAUGCCGUCAGGCGCUGCAGCAAAUUCAGGUGGUAAUUCAGGAGUGCUGGGCACUUCACCGAUGAGUGCGCUGCAUGCUCAGCAGCUGCAGCAGCAGCAGCAGCUACAACAGCAAAUGUCGCAUCCAAUGUUGCGCUCAACACAACAACAAAUGAUGCAAUCACAGCAAUCCUCGUCCGGCUUAGGCCAUUCAGCUCCAUUCAGCCAAAGUCAGCUGGAGCAGCUCAAUCAGAUCAGCAGCGAUAUGCGCAGCGCCUUUGCGGCCAAUGGCAGUGCAACCCCACCGCCGCCCCUAUUGGGCAGUGCUAAUCCGAAUGCCGAUGCGGAGCUGAAUGAAACUGCCGAUAACAUUACGUCGGCCAUAUCGACAAUGGUCAGCGAUUUGAAUGCAGGUAAAGGUCAAGUUAACACUGGCGCCUCCUUGUCACAGGCUCGUUUCAUUUUGCCAUUGGAGUAUCGUCACAUCGAGGGUGGCGAAUCUUCGUCUCCCGACUCCGAUUGCGAUUGCGAUUGCCAGAUUUAUGAGGAGAUCUUUCGAGGAUCUGGCGAGGAUUUUGAUUGCGAAGGCGCCGUCUGUGAUCCUUUAGAUGAUGAUGAUGAUGAUCAACAACAAUUUGACUACAAUUUCGGGCUGAGCGAUGAACAAUCUCAGUUAAAUCGUAUACUCGGCUAUCGUUAUCAUCCCGAGAUAUUUAUCGAUGAUGAUCAGGCCGGAUUUCCGGCACUGCACGAGAUCGGUGAGACAAUCGAUGAACUGCAGUUGAUAAUGCACGCUUACAUUAUGAAAUAUAGUCUCAAUAUCUGAAUAUACUUAUAUAUAUACAUAUAUAUAUUCUGAAUAUACAAUUUGUAGGUUUUACCCAUCGUUCAGGUAAAAUAUAUAUCAAGUUUAGCUAUUUAUCGAUCGAUCAUCUCAAUACGUAGCAUCGUCAUCUCUGCCUUCACUAUUGUCACAUUCCUCUUUCGAAUAUCGAUAACUACAUAUAUAGCUAAGCAGAAUUAAAUGUAAACUCGAGAUAAAUUAUCUGCAUGAAUGCGAAAUUCUCAGAUUUACACUUUUUGGAUGAUGUAAUCGCCCAUAAACUUUUGUUUAAAAUUUUUCAUCAAUCAUCAUACAAAUUAUUGUUUA